AUGGCCCAGACGAAAACCAUUUCCGAAAGUCCCUAUGCAAAGAAAGCAUCGAAAUAUUUGGAAAUUUUAAAUCAGUUGCGUCGUAUCGGUGCACAGUUUGCUGUUAACUUGCCUACAAUUGUUUUUUGUGGUAACCAAUCCGCUGGAAAAAGUUCGUUGCUAGAGGCAAUUUCCG